AUGCCUAAAUGGAAACUAUUCAUCUGGAAAGUGUGGCAUAAUUGUUUGGCCACAUCUUCUAAUCUUCAUAGACGGGGUGUAACAGACACCAACCAGUGUUCAAUUUGCUUGCAUGAUGACAAAGACGACCAACACCUCUUCAGGUUUUGCCCCCUCGCUCUAGAGGCCUGGCACAGUUUUGGACUUCAAAUUCCGUCGUCGGACGACCCUUCUAUGUCGCUGGCUUCUUGGAUCGUGUUUUGGCUCGAAAAAUAUAUAAAAGAAGACGGUUAUAGGGGACUACGAGUGCCAAUGUUCAUUGGCACACUCUGGGCUAUUUGGAAGACAAGAAAUGAUCAAGUGUUUCGUCAGAUUAGAGCAACACUUGAGGGGUUUCAUGUUUACGUUACGGAAAGUAGGCACCAUCACGAUCAUUUCCUUGCAAAUAAUAACCCGCUAAGCAAACCUCCUCCAGCUCCAAACUGUUUCUCUCCCCCGGGGUUCCUCAUGGUGGAUCUUGGCCAGGAGGAGUUGGAAGAGGUGGAUCUUAUUAUACAAAUAGACGGGUCUUGGGACCGAUCCAAUGGUCAUGGUGGCGCUUCAUGGGUUGCCACACACCACAUGAAUCAUAUCCAUAGCUCCGGUAAAUUUCUGCAUGCUUCUUCAGCACUACACACUGAAGUUAUGGCAUGUCUCUCCGCACUUUGGUGGGUCAUCCCCACAAGCUUCUCCAGUAUUCUGAUUAUGACAGACUCAACACUACUAAUACAAAACCUGGAGCCCGGUGCAACAGCAGAUAUCUCAAUUCUCCACAUGGUCUCUGAUAUACGUGCGACCUCGGGCUAUCUUCGAAGCUGCCGCAUUAUGAAAGGUAGUCGGGCUCAGGUUCGUCAAGCCCACGAGAUCGCAAACCAAUGUCGCAUGCAUAGGGUAAAUAUAGGGUAA